UACAUAAAUUUUGUUCGGAAAGUCACAUGUCAACACCACCACUACCACGACCAGCAACAGUGGAGUCGAAGCGACAAACGACGCAACUGUUAGAAACAAACUACAGAAGAAAGUAGUGGAAAUAAACGACGACGGCCCAUCACUCCUCUCUUUCCGUAACGCCAACAUUUCCCCUUCUACCCCUCCCUCCCUCUCCCUCUCCCUCUCCCUCUCCCUCACUCUCACGAGUUAAAUAGCAGCAGACAAACCAACACAAGCGUCGGCAAUUUCUCUUGGAUUUUUCCCAUCUCUUACAAGUUUCAUUUUCAAGAACUACUCUUUAUUUUUUCAGAGCUAGAAAUCUACUACUAGUGCUGUGGUAAAGGCCAAAUGGGGUAUCAAGGAUAAGCAGUGCUUGUGAACACACAGUGUGAUUCAAAUUUUCAAAAGCUACUCAUGGUUGAAUGUGCACUGUGUAGUCACAGCUUCUUAAACUGAGUCUAGACUCUUUGUUUCUUGGAAAGUUGUGGUUUGAGGAGCGGAGUUGAUGGAUAUGAAGGUGAGGGUGGGUUUUUGGUUGGUUUUUCUGUUCAUGGCGCCGGUGUUUGGAGAAGCCGCCAGGUCGGGUGUAGCUCGCCGGAAUCUUGAAGUUAGGAGGCACUUGAGCCGCCUGAACAAGCCUUCUGUCAAGUCCAUCAAGAGCCCAGAUGGUGAUAUCAUAGACUGUGUCCAUAUAUCUCACCAACCAGCUUUUGAUCAUCCUUUCCUCAAGAAUCAUACGGUUCAGAUGAGGCCUAGUUAUCAUCCAGAAGGGCUGUUCAGCCAGAGCAAGAAAGUGGGCAAGAAAGAGAAUGAGCCAAAGCCAAUAACUCAGAUGUGGCAUAUGAAUGGGAGAUGCCCAGAGGGAACCAUUCCCAUAAGAAGAACCAGAGAAGAGGAUAUGCUGAGAGCGAGCUCUAUCAAGGCAUAUGGGAAGAAAAUCCACAAAAGCAUACCUAGGCCAACAUCUGUUGCUCCUGAACCUGACCUUAUUACCCAAAAUGGUCAUCAGCAUGCCAUAGCCUAUGUUGAAGGAGACCAGUACUAUGGAGCAAAGGCCACCAUAAAUGUAUGGGAUCCUAAAAUCCAACAGCCAAAUGAAUUCAGCUUGUCCCAGCUCUGGAUUCUUGGAGGUUCAUUUGCUUCAGAUCUCAACAGCAUUGAGGCCGGCUGGCAGGUUAGCCCAGAUUUAUAUGGAGAUAACAACACAAGACUCUUCACCUAUUGGACAAGUGAUGCUUAUCAAGCCACGGGAUGCUACAACUUGCUGUGCUCAGGCUUUAUUCAAAUCAAUAAUGAUAUAGCAAUGGGGGCCAGCAUCUACCCCCUUUCUAGCUAUCGCAGUUCCCAAUAUGACAUCAGCAUACUUGUCUGGAAGGAUCCGAAAGAGGGGAACUGGUGGAUGCAAUUUGGGAAUGACUAUGUACUAGGAUACUGGCCAGCCUUCUUGUUCUCCUACUUAUCAGACAGUGCAUCAAUGAUUGAAUGGGGAGGAGAAGUGGUGAACUCUGAAUCAGACGGGCAGCACACCACUACACAAAUGGGCAGUGGCCAUUUCCCUGAGGAGGGAUUCGGUAAGGCCAGUUACAUCAGGAACAUUCAGGUUGUGGAUGAUUCAAACAACCUGAGAGUGCCGAAGGACAUUGGCAUUUUCACUGAGGAGUCCAGCUGCUAUGAUGUUCAGCUCGGCAAGAAUGGUGAAUGGGGCAAUUAUUUCUACUAUGGAGGACCUGGGAGAAACCCUAAUUGCCCGUGAUCAAGUUGAGGAGUACAUAUAUAAAGAGA